CGCCUCUUUCCUGCGGAAUACGGACACCGCCAUACUACUUGCUUCAGCCGCCUUUCCUGCUUCAAUACCGUACAGUUGAUAGUAUGGACAGGCGCAGGCGAGCCCCUGCUAAGACAAGCACAUACGGUCAAGCGUGCCUGCAAUGUUUCAAGGCAAAGUGCCGAUGCGAACCUAACCCAGCCGCCGGCCCUUGCGAAAGAUGCCUGCGUCUCGGCAAAGAUUGCCAGCCGUCAGACGCGGCUCGCAGACGCAGUGCCCAAAAGGCCGGAGCACCGGACGCACGCAUUGCCCAGCUGGAAGGCAAGGUCGACACCCUCUUGUCAGCUCUGCAAGCUGUCGUCAACCCAUUUGGGUCUCCUGCCGGUGUGCUCCGACAACUGAGGGAGCAGGGAAUGCUAGAUUCUGGGGCCAGCUCAGAAGACGCUACUCCGACCAACUCCGUCGGUACAUCUACCGGCUCGGAUCCUGCUAUUGGGACUCGGCCCACGCCCACUUCACCAACCCGAGGCUCCCCAACGGCGUUGCCCUAUUUUAAGCGUGACAUCCCUCCUUAUCCCAGCAUAUGGCCCACCGAGGCCGAUGCAGAAAGGUCCCUUGCGUUCUUUCGAUCCGAGAUGCUACCGAACUUCCCAUUCCUCAACCUUGCUCCUACCAUAACCGUGACCCAACUCCGCAGGGACAGGCCAGUCCUUUUUCAGGCCAUUAUCACGGUCACCACAUUCUCCACCCGGACAAGGACGCCCCGGAUCGAAGCGCUGAAAGAAACCAUCUUUACCUCGGCUUUCGUCGAGACCCAGUCAGACAUUGACUUGUUGCUUGCCGUGCUGACGUACAUAGCAUGGAGCACCGACGCCUUUCUUGGCCGGGCAGACCUGCUCUCUCGGCUCAUGGUGCUCGCCAUAUCACUGGUUUAUGACCUGCGGCUGUUCAAGCCGCCAAGGCCGGAUGUGCAGGCGAUCGUGGCCUACACGCAGGGCUUCCCUGAAAAGGACCAACGCCCCAGCGAAGAAGACACGGUUCACGGUUUCAUGGAACGGCAGAGGGCGCUCUUGGCAUGCUUCCUUCUAAGCUCGCACAUUUCGUCCCACUUCGGGCGUAUUGACGCUCUACGAUGGAGCCCCCAGUUGGAGGAGGCAUUGCAGGUCAUCGCAAGUAACAGGUCUUGCCCAACAGACAAGAUAUUGGCAUACCAGGUACGACUGCAGUUGCUCGCACACAGGGCAUCCCAGGUGCGGGAGCAGCACGAGGCGGAUCAUCGCUCGCGUGCGGCAUCAUCUGGUACUGCAGCCUCUACGGGGGCUACCUCGGCGGCGGCGGCACUCCUCUACCUCAACACUCUGCGCGCGGAGCUGCAGGCCCUCAAGGACUCACUCAACCUAGUAGACCCUCAAGGCGAGUGCUCGGCCGAGAACGCGGGCACGGCGCACUACACGCAGACGCCGCCGCCGUUGCAUAGCAGCAAAACUGGCAUCCCUCACCCUAUCCUCGCCACAUACGCAGACUACGUCCAAGUCUACCUCGACCAGUCAGCCCUGUCAAUGCUGUCAGUGUCGACCGCCGGCCAACCCCAGUCCCAGCAGCCGAACCCUCCUCCUCUCAGCACGUCAGGGACCCCAGCAGGGGUAGCACUAGUCCCUGGAUUCGAACGACUCGAGUGUUUCUGGCGCAGCGUCGAGGGCAUCAAGUCAUGGCUCGACCACUUCUCCUCCUCCUCCUCCUCCCGAUUCCCCCCGCCCAAGUGUGUCGGUCUGCCGUCCCACUUCUGGGCCCAGGCAAUCUGGUGCAGCGCCAUCCUGAAGCACCUCUCCACCCACCCGGACCCGGCGCUGGAUUGCCGCGCCGUGCGGCACAGGGUCGAUCUGCUGUCGACGCUGGACUGGAUGGUUGUGAAGCUUGAUAUGGUUAGUGAUGAGGCGGAUCGUGCGGGUAGUAGUAGUGCUAGUAGUAGUGGUGGUGGGGGUGGUGGUGGUGUUGGUGAUCUUCAGUCCAGCAGCCGCGGCGAUAAUCUGUUCAAGGUGUUUGCGCGGCUGUUUGGCAGGGCGAGGGUGUGGGCUGAGGCGAGGUGGGAUGUUGUCGUGCCGUCUCAGGGGCAAGGGGGGUAUGUGCUUGUACAAGGACAAGAUCCUUGCCAGCCUCAUCAUGAAGCUGAUGAAGAUGGUCGUGUAACAGGGAUGGACAGCGGCGUACCGGAUGUGGAGGACUUGUCAUGGAUGCACGCGAUGGAUCUGGACAAUGAUAAGUGGUUGGAGGAUGUACUUGGCUGGACUCCGGCUAAUGUCUAGUACAACUUAAGGUUACGUAGUACUAGGCGGGAAGUAUAUACAAGGAAACGAAAUCCACACAGGGCG